AUGUACAAUUCUGCUGUGUUUUCCGCCUUGGGCACACAUGAUUAUGGUGUUUUCCUGAAAUCUGCGGAUUUUGAUUUCAACAACCCGUCGAAUGAUGACUAUGCAAGCUGCUCUGAGCAGCACUUUCAUAUGAAUGUGCCCACUUUCUACUCUGAGGCAAGCAAUACAGGCCAGAAUGGUCUUGGAAAUUGGUCCGCAUCCUCCAUACCUUGGUCAGUUCCUCUAUUGAACGUGACUCUUUUGUCGGAUAUUCCGUAUAAUUUCAGUUUUAAUGUCAACCGAGACAAUAUAGCGACUGACCACUCUGUUCUCGGUGAUAAGGAGGACCUUUCAAGUCUCAUCGAUAUCUUACAAAGGUAUCCGCAGGCAAACGAGCUGCAACAAUAUCUGAAUGAUGCAACUCGCUGGAAAAGCAAUUCAUGGGCAAAGAAUAUUGAAGUCCAUGACACGGGAUCUGUGUGUUAUCUGGAGACUGAACCUAUCACCCCCUGCCCUUGAGAUUGACUAUUGCUUAAGCCAAAAAAGUUGAUGAGAGAUGCCAGCUGUUA